GUUUAAGCUAAAACCUGUUGGGGUUGUGUUUUAAUUUGUUGGCAAAAAAGUAAGGUGGAUUAGUGAGUUAUGAUAUGAAAGGAUACAAGAGUAACAGGAAAUGGCGUUCUCUAGGAGCUUCUUCAUCUUAACCUUCAUCAUUUGUGUUGUCCAAAACAGUGUGGAUGGAUACAUGUUGUCGGACGUCCAACGUUUAUGCAAUGAUAAAAAGUUGGAUAAUAACAGAAUGUUUCGACCCAUCCUGAAUCAAUCUGAAGCAAUCCAGGUCUACACUGGACUUGAUUUGAUUUCAAUUCAGGAGUUCAAUGAAGUCGAAGAAAAGAUAUCGUACACCGGUUUGUUGUAUUUGGUUUGGACGGAUGAGAUUUUCACUUGGAAUGCUUCCGCAUACGGUGAUCUAGAGGAUUUUUAUAUUGGUGCAAAUGAAAUAUGGGUUCCACAAUUGAUGAAUACAAAUGCUGUUGAGGAAAUAGAUAAGCUGUCCCAGGACUGGCAUUCUGUCAGAGUUGAAAGCAACGGUUUAAUGGUGUACACGAUUGCUGAUAUUUUUACGUCAUCUUGUGCGUUUGACGUCAAGUAUUAUCCGUGGGAUACACAAAUUUGUAGUUUUCAUUUCAUGCCAUCAAGUUAUGAACCAAGCAAAAUUAAACUCACUCCCUAUUACAAGCAGGUAUUACAGACGUAUUAUUUCCCAAGUGGGUCAUGGGACCUUGUGAAAACAAAAGCGGAGUCAGAGUUAGAUGGGUAUAUGGUUACUUUUAACAUCACCAUCCGACGCAAACCAAAGUUCGUCAUUGUCAAUGUUAUACUACCGCUGAUGUUCAUGUCCGUCUUAAAUAUCUGUGUAUUCCUUAUUCCAACGGAAAGUGGAGAACGCAUUUCAUACUGUUUGACCGUCUUAUUAGCGAUCGCUGUGUUUCUGACUCUUGUCGGAGAUUCAUUGCCGAAAAACGCCGAGCCCAUGUCAUACUACAGUUUCUACCUACUAUCUGUUCUUGUUAUCAGUGCUACAAUAACAGUUUUUACGAUACUAAACCUGCGGAUGUAUUACGCAGAUGAAGAAAGUGAAGUGGGCACAUUUUGGAGAACAUUUGCAAAUAUAAUGGGAUGCAAAUGCCGACGGUCAAAGAAAGACGAAAAUGAUGACAAGUACAUACAACGGCAAUACAACGGUCCAGCCAGGAGGAAAAUCAACAUGGACAUUAAGGUGAACAGUCGAAAUUACGAUAGAGACUACGGUGGUCGUUCAUUUAUUGCUCACAAUGCAGGUUGUGCAGUAAAUAAACCUGAGCACAAUACGGAAAAUGUUGAAGCAUUGAGGGAAAGCCAUGAAGAACACCACGAGGACUCAGUGAUGGCAACAGAGAGAACCUGGAAGGACAUCAGUGUAGCUUUGGACACCGUGCUGUGUUUGCUCUUUCUUGUUGUAUUUGUUGUGGAUACAGCUGCGUUCAUGGUCAUGAUAUACAUGGGGGAUAACAACUAAGUGUUGGUAUUCGCUGUGUGUGUAUGGGUGUGUCGUUGCUAUAUGUAUUACUACAGUUACCAAGAAAGUUCUGUUUUCGUUAGCAGAACAAUCUGUUCUCUUACAAUGAAAGCCGCAUGGUAUUCAGUUAGCACAUUUAUUCAUUUUGUUGCAGCAUUUAGCUUGUGUUGUAAGUGUAUGCCUGUAAAAGACUAUAAUAAAACUUGUCUUGGAACGUCAUUUAUUCUUCGGGUUUGUCUCAAUACAAAAAGUUGACGAGUUUGAUACUAGCAUUUAUUUUUCAUUUUUUGUUUUGUGUUUUUGAGGACUCGAGAAUCACUUCUAGCAUUUAUUAGCGUUUAUUGGCUCGCUUUCAGCAAGAUAAAAUGUUUCCCUCUCUAACUCUUUCAACCGAUCCUAACAUAACAAUUCAUAUUUGGUAAAAGUUUGGUUCCGAUGUCUUGUAUUGUCACUAGUCGCCACUUAUCUUAUAUCUUUGUUCCUUUGGCG